AAUUGCAAAUAGAGUGGGCGGUAUAGGCCUUGCUGAGGGGACAGUUCAGGAAGCCAGGAAGGAGGGGAGGGGCUCGGAGACGAGCGUUCAGGCAGAGAAAGGUUCCAAAACGUCACCUCAGGUCACACAGCUAAUAAAUUGCCAAGUUGGGAUUUGAGCCCAGGCGUUCUGCUGAGCUUGGCCCCUGCACCGAGGCUCAGUGAAAGAUGAGACCCUCUGAGUUAGGGGAGUUAGGGCGGGGGACAGGCUGGGACAUCCUGGCGCUGAGAGCUGGAGUUGGGGGUGGGGAGCGAUGAGCCAGGGGCAGCGGGCAAGACCUUGGCCCAAGGCUUGGGCCCUGAAGGGUCUGACCUCCACCUUGUCCUCCCAGAGGCCAGAAUGGACUCAGCACCUGCGGUCAGCUCUCUACUUUAAUCUCAGGGGGGUUCUGGGAGCUCGCCUGCCUCCCCUCCCAGGUCUGGGGCCCUCCUCCCUCCAAGUACUGGGGCGAACCUGCAGCAAAUCCUCCUAAUCCGCCGGGCUCUCCGUGGGUCUGUGUCCAGCGGCAGCCUGAGACCUCGCCGCUCCCUCCCACCCACGCACCCACCCACCCACGCGGCAGCAGCAGCGCCGGCCCAGCCGCCUCGCCCAUGGGGAACAGCAGGAGCGGGGCCCUGUCCCGGGAGAUCCUGGAGGAGCUGCAGCUGAGCACCCAGUUCACGCAGGAGGAGCUGUGCGCCUGGUACCAGUCCUUCCUCAGGGAGUGCCCGGGCGGCCGCAUCACGCGGCAGCAGUUCCAGGGCAUCUACGCCAAGUUCUUCCCGGACGCCGACCCCAAGGCCUACGCGGAGCACGUGUUCCGCAGCUUCGACGCCAACAGCGACGGCACCCUGGACUUCAAGGAGUACGUGGUCGCCCUGCACAUGACCACGGCCGGCCGGCCCAGCCAGAAGCUCGAGUGGGCCUUCUCGCUCUACGACGUGGACGGCAACGGGGCCAUCAGCAAGAGCGAAGUGCUGGAGAUCGUCAUGGCGAUAUUCAAGAUGAUCAAUCCCGAGGAUGCCAAGCACCUGCCAGACGACGAGAACACCCCUGAGAAGCGAGCCGACAAGAUCUGGGGCUUCUUUGGAAAGAAAGAUGACGAUAAACUUACAGAGGAAGAGUUCAUCGAGGGGACCUUGGCCAAUAAGGAAAUUCUACGGCUGAUCCAAUUUGAGCCUCAAAAAGUGAAGGAAAGGUUAAAGGAAAAGGAAAAGAACCCCUGAUGCCAACUGCUCAGCUCUCCUGCCUCCCCUUACCACUCACAUAAGCACACGAAUGCACACGCGUGCGCACACACACGCACACGUGCUCACAAACACACCCCAGCGGCCAAGAGAGAGGCCUCCAAACCCACAGCACAGCUCCCACCAAACGGAAGUGUCUUUAGCAUCUGCUGGUUCCUACUUCCCUGUCUUUAGAGCCCUCCCAUGACGCCGCCUCCCCACCCCUGCCCACCAGCCCAGGCCUCCCAUGAUAAUCCCAGGAUUAGGUCACAAGAGUCCUAAAUAUCACCCCUGUGUAAGCUCCUUUGUGGAUUGCUGGG